UCACACUGUGCUGGGAUGUCACUGUGCUGUAUCACACUGUGCUGGGAUGUCACUGUGCUGUAUCAGGAGAGGCACUCAGCUCUUGAGUUUUCUGCAGAUGUUUUUAACUCUUUGUGUGUUUCUCUGCGCAGAGCAAGUCAUGGAAGACGUUCUUCACGGUGAUGCAUUCAUUCAGAAGACAGAACUCCUUCAUUCAGCUGGCCGGCCACCAGGGUAAUUUCCGCCCCAGUGAGAGUGGUCAGAUUCUGAAGCGUUUCAGCGAGGUGGAGGAUGCCUGCCUGCGAAGGCUGAUGGGGGACUGCCUGCGCCCCUUCGUCCCGGCCUACCACGGGGUGACCUUGCGGGGCGACCAGCUCUACGUCAAGAUGGAGGACCUGCUGAGCGGCCUGGAGGCGCCCGUCAUCAUGGACUGCAAGAUGGGGGUCCGGACCUAUCUGGAGGACGAGUUGACCAAAGCACGGCUGAAGCCCUCUCUGCGCAGUGAUCUGUACCAGAAGAUGCUGAAAGUAGAUCCGGCCGCCCCCUCGGCAGAGGAGCACGCUCAGGGCGGCGUGACGAAGCCGCGCUACAUGCAGUGGAGGGAGACCAUGAGCUCCACGGCAACGCUGGGGUUCCGGAUCGAGGGGAUCACGAUGGACAGUGGGAAGAUAUUGAAGGAUUUCAAGAAGACCAGAACGAAAGAGCAGAUCAUCGAGGCCCUGCUGGCGUUUACCAAGAGAGACCCGGCUGUGCUGAGCUCCUAUGAGGCCCGGCUCCAGGAUAUCAACGCUGCGCUGAGGAAAUCUGUCUUCUUCCAGACACACGAGGUGAUCGGUACCUCUCUCCUCUUUGUUCACGACGCUCGCGGCUCUGCCAGCGUCUGGAUGAUCGAUUUUGGGAAGACCAUCCCGGUGCCGGGGGAAGGGACCCUGCGGCACGACGUCCCGUGGGAGGAGGGGAACCGCGAGGACGGCUAUCUGAUCGGACUGGCCCAGCUCAGGAGAACUGUGAGGGAGACCCGGGAGCGGGCCAGCCAGCUGGAACCAGAGACCGAGUCACAGAAAUACAGCAGAACAGCAGGAGACGCUGCAGACAGCAGCACCAAAACCAACAGCGGAGACCGGACCACAGGGCCAGAACACACGCCCCAGAGAACUGGAACUGGACAGGAGAGCUACUGAACAGAUCAGAAGAUACAAGAUCCCCAGAAAAGAGGAGAUUCUUACCAAGGGCUGGACUGGGCAGCAAUGCUACUGGAGGAGAUAUUGAUCAUUAUUGAGCAUUAUUGAUUAUUACUGAUCAUUAUUAUUAGCGCUGAUUGGAUGUGAGGUAUUCACCCCCCCCCCCCCCGCACCUUAAAAGAGAGAGAGGGGGGGGACAGGGUGGUGGAGGAUUGUCGCUCCUGUACUGGGAGGGUUUCACUUGUUUUAACUGGGAGCGCUGGUCAUUAGGGUGUCUUGCUAGAAGGGGGAACGGGUAGCCCUCGGGGUCACUUAAUUUUGGGGUGAGUCUUGUAUUGUUUUGGGUGUCAAUAAAAAAUGAAAUUUAAA